AUGUUCGAAGGCGGCGUCGGCGUAGUAAUGCUGCGGCGGAAGGAGGUGCUGCGCGACGGAGGACGGCGGAGGAGGGUGAGUCAAGGACAGCGACUCGAAGGAGUUAGGCGUGAAGGUGGUGGACUCGAAGAAAUUUCAAGGAGAUCCCUGAGAGCUUGGGAAGAUGAGUUGCAUCUUGAGCUGAUUAGUAAAUUGCCUCAACCUCUCAGCCUUAAUAACAAUUGUGUGGAUCACCUACUAUGGACUCCUCUCCCAUCAGGCUCCUUUACAGUUAAAUCUCUUUAUGGAAUUUUUGAAAAUUCUCUUCGUUUAACCCCUUUCCUGAUUAUGAAGAUGUGGAAAUCAGCAGCCCCUCCCAAAAUUAAAGCUUUUGGUUGGCUUGUUUGGUGGAAUAGCAUCGCCUCUUCGGAUCUCCUUGCUCGCAGGCUCAUUAUCCCCGCUAUCAAUCACUGCGCUUUUUGUGGUACCGAUAACGAAUCUGCUCUGCAUUUGCUCCUGCAUUGUAAGUUCGCUUGGAAGGUUUGGGCGGAAAUCAUUUGUUGGUGGGGGUCCCAAUGGGUUUCCCCUAGUUCCUUACAAGACUUACUUUUAUGGUGGUAUGGUCAAAAAUACAAACACCUGGGUAAACUCAUCUGGGAAGCAAUUCCAUUGGCUGUGGUUUGGAGUUUAUGGAUUGCCAGGAACAACAUGGUUUUUAACUCUAUAGCUCCUGGCUGGGGGAAUAUUAUGGAUAGUAUCAAGAUCAAAGUGGCCACAUGGGUGAAGUUUUCCACACAUUUGCCUUCCUACACAAUCCAUGAUUUCAUGUUCUGCUUGGAUGGAUUGAAGGGCCACAAAUUGUAG